GCUAUCUUAGCUACUGUUGACCCCAGGCUACCUACACACCAGCGGCAGUCGUUGGCUUGGUGCCUGAUGCGCAAUCACGAUGUGUUUGCCCUUACUACUCGACAACUGGGCUGAUUAUGAGCGCCGCUACAGCCGCAGCUCGGCAUGCCCAGCUGCCGACCGAACCGGAGUACCAGGACUCCCGAGUGCAGCCCGUGGCCACCGCCAUGGGGGGAGAGGCGACCAGCAAGCGUGUGCGCGUCCGGCUGCUAGGGCCCUCGGGCCUGAAGCAGGCCAUGCUGGCGCACUGUCAAGCCCUCGGCGACUGCAUUGAGCUGGGGCGGGACCCCGCAGAUGGCCAGCCGCUGUGGGGCAAGGUGGCCGAUGCCCUACACCUACUCCUCACUACGUACUGGAUCUCUGGCGUCAACGUGCGCAUCACAGCGGCUGCCCUGCCCGCCUUCCUGGCGCUCGCCCUAGCUGUGCCGGGGUCCGACCAGGCAUACAAGGAGCACUUGGUGCAGACCUUCCAGUCCGCCCACUGGGCCCAGCAGCCACGCCAAACCGCCCUCGCAGCUGGUGGCCGGCGGGUGUGCGUCCAUGUGCCAGCCACUCUCAACCUACCCCGGCACCAGGCAUACCGCAUGGCCCUCACCGGCGGUGGCACAAUGACGGGCAAGCUGACGCUGGACAAAGGAAAAGUGCCGCGGCCGCCACACCGCCUGCUGCCGCCUAAGUGGGCGACACAGCCGCCCCCCAGCCGUGACACGGGUGUGGCUGGAACUGCCCCGGGCAGCAGCAACGGCGGAGGCACUGGCGGUGCCAGCCCCUCUAGCGGCAGCGCAGGUGCGGCCGGCAAUGCCCCCAGUAGCAGCCGCGGUGACGGUACCGGUGGCGGCAGCCCCCCUGGCGGCAGCGCAGGUGCGGCCGGCAAUGCCCCCGUGAGCAGCAGCGGUGGCGGCCGAACCCCUGGCGGCAGGGCAGGUGCGGCCGGCAAUGCCCCUAGUAGCAGCAGCGGUGACGGCACCGGUGGCGGCAGCACCCCUGCCGGCAGCGCAGGUGCGGCCGGCAAUGCCCCCGCGAGCCGCAGCGGUGGCGGUACCGGUGGCGGCAGCGGCAGCACAGGUGCGACCGGUAAUGCCCCCAGUAGCAGCAGCGGUGACGGUACCGGUGGCGGCAGCCCCCCUGCCGGUAGCACAGGUGCGGCCGGCAAUGCCCCCGAUAGCGGCAGUGGUGGCGGUACCGGUGGCGGCAGCCCCCCUGGCGACAGCGGUGGAGGCAGCCAGGGCCCCUCCGGCGGACCCUCACCUGCCCCCAGCCGGCAGAAGACACCACUGCGGUUCCCAGAGGAUGUGCGCCAACACUUCAGGGCCUACUAUCAGGGGGCCACCCCCAACCCACUACCGGGACCCGCCCCGCCCCCAGUAGCUGGCAACGCGGGCAGUGCACCGCCUACGAGCGCUGGCGCACCCAGGGCACCGGGCCCCAGCGCUGCCCCAACCUCAGGCACCAGUGCAGAAGCGCGGGCAUACGCGCAGGCGUACGAGGAGUACAAACAGCUGCAGACGAGCCCGGCGGCAGGAGCAGGCGGAGCCGGGGCCACAACGGGGGGUCCGGCAGGGGCAGCACCAGUAGCAGCUUGCGAUCCGGCCUUCCAGCAACUACUGGCCCGGUACCGCCGGGCUACUGGCUGCCCAGCCGGGGGGCAGGGCUCCACAGCAGGUGCCGACCCCACAGCCACUACAUCUACACCGGCGGCCACCACCGCCACCCCCGACCCUGGCCCGCCCACCACCGUGGGCUCCGCAGCCUCAGAAUCGGCGGACGGGGAUGCAGGCAGUCUGCUCACGGGCCAGGGUGGGGUCGGGGUCAUGGACAUCACACCGCCACCAACCAACCAGCCCCAGCCAACUGCAUGGAGCCAGCCGUCCCCGGGACUCAACGACGUGCGCGCCCAGCUCUUCCACAACAGCCCGCCAUUGGGCGCCGCAGGACCAGACCUGAGGAGCCAGGGCCGCGGCACCCACAGCAGCAGCCAGUCCAGCGCUCUCCUGGGAGGGGACAACACCAACGGCAGCCAAGCCGGCCCUAGCGCCCAGCAGGCCCGCCUCCUGUUCAAGGAGCACCUGAAACGCCUGGAUCGUGCUGGCCACUCGAGGCAGCAGUUUGCGCCACGGCAGUGCCCCCACCCUAUGGCACACUGGCCCACAGAGCCGGCAGGGGGCUUCCCCAAGUCGCCCGACGCCCACACCGGGCUCCCGGCGCGCGCGGUGAUUGAGUGGUUCAACAGGCUGUCAGAUGGCGAGAAGUACUGCAAACAGCCCAAACAGACGCAAACAGACGCACAGACAGCAGCCCAGGCGGGAUUGGCGUCCCUCAUCCACGCGCUGACUGUGGCCAAGUCACGCAACAGCCUGUGGAAGUACGACGAGGCCACACCACCACCCAACCCGCUCGAAAGCGCGGACAUGGAGGCCUUCUGCUUCCCAGACGGCCGCCCUCCACCGCCGUCGGCGGCGGGCUCCCCCCGCCGGUAGUUGACGCUGCCAGCAGGCACGGGUGCGGCCGUUGGGCCGCCGCACCCGCUACGCAUAGCUACCCACAACAUGCAGAGCCUGCGUUUGCCAGGCGCGGCUCGGCGGGUAGCAGCAGCGGCACGGAUUUGGGCGGAGCUACGCUUGGAUAUCAUCUGCCUCCAGGAAACACACUGGACGUGCAGGGCAGACCAGGCAGCGUUUGAGCAGACCCUACAACUAAUUGCGU